AUGUCUGCAACGGUCAAUUGCAGAGUGCAGCCAAGUAUUGACGUAAAUACCGGUGGCUAAGAAGAUAUUUUUAUUUAUAAUUGUUAGUGAUCUAUUUUCGUUAUCCGCUCUUCUGAUAGCGCAAGCAAUUCUUAUCCAGUGAUAAUGAAGUGACAGUUUCAGAAUCUUUCUUUGGCAUAUGUACGUUUUAUGAAACAUGAUUGAGAAAGCUGAAUUAAAUGUGUUCUGAUUGCAUCACGAUUAUUGACUUGUUCAUAAACGGAUUAGGAAAUAAGAUAAAAUUAUGAAUUGCUGAUGAGCGGCGAGAAUAAACAAGAAAAUGUCACUAUUGCAACAAUUUGCGGAUUUGUUGAGCCUGAUAACGAUCGGCAUGUGUUUCAUAUUGAAAAUUCCACAGAUAUUAAAAUUAGUUUCUGUGAAAUCAGCUGAUGAAAUGUCGAUGGUAGGAUUACUUUUAGAAUUAACAAGUUACACUGUAAUGACUAGUUAUAACUAUACGAAUGGAUAUUCGUUACUGUCUUACUUGGAAUAUCCAAUAAUAUUAGUCCAAGAAUAUAUACUGAUAUUCCUUGUAUUGAAAUAUUUGAGCAAGAUCAAUAUGUGGUCUUUCUUAUAUGCCAUGAUAUACUUUACGUUAAGCAGUUGUUUGUUGCUGGGAAUUGUUCCAAAAGUUAUACUUACACUUUUAGCGCCAAUGUGUACGCCGAUCUCAGCUUCCAGUAAAAUCGUCCAACUACUAGCCAUACUUCGAGCUAAAAACGCAGAAUCGGUAUCGCCUCUCACUUGGUUUAUAUCCGCCUUUACUAACUUGACGAGAGUAUUCACAAUAUGGAUAGAUUCUGCUGAUAUAUUACUAUUGGGAAACUUCAUCAUAUCAGUCCUGCUGAGUUCUAGCAUCAUGUUCUCCGCCCUUUAUUACAGAAGCCGUCCGUUGAAGCAGGAUUAAAUGAAUAACAGGAAAAUUAUACAUCUAGUUGCAAGCAUAUGCUAUGAAAUUGAUGACUUGUGCUAUAUAUUUGUUGAGAGCAUAAUCAUAAAAGGUAUAUCAUAUUUUAUUUCUGCCAAUAAAAUAUAAAAAUUAUUUGUCCCACA